GGCGCAGCCGUGGUGAUAGCGUUGCCGUCGCCGGGCUCCGUCGGUCGCUGCACUUUCGCUUCUGUGCACCUGAGUGGGCCGCCCCGCGGUCCUGCGGCUUUUCCUCCUGCCGCUGCAGGCCGCGGGCCGCGGGGCCAAGGCCAUGUCCCGAAAGCAGGCGGCGAAGAGCCGGCCGGGCAGCGGCGGCCGGAAAGCCGAGGCCGAGCGCAAGCGGGACGAGCGGGCGGCGCGCCGGGCCCUGGCCAAGGAGCGGCGGAACCGGCCCGAGUCCGGCGGCGGCGGCGGCGGCUGCGAGGAGGAGUUCGUGAGCUUCGCCAACCAGCUGCAGGCCCUGGGGCUGAAGCUGCGGGAGGUGCCGGGGGACGGCAAUUGCCUGUUCAGAGCCCUUGGUGAUCAACUGGAGGGACACUCACGAAACCAUCUCAAGCACCGACAGGAGACAGUGGACUACAUGAUAAAGCAGCGGGAAGAUUUUGAACCCUUUGUAGAAGAUGACAUUCCCUUUGAGAAACAUGUGGCCAGUUUGGCAAAGCCUGGUACCUUUGCUGGCAAUGAUGCAAUUGUAGCCUUUGCAAGAAAUCAUCAAUUGAAUGUGGUGAUUCAUCAACUCAAUGCCCCAUUGUGGCAGAUUCGUGGUACAGAUAAGAGCAGCGUGCGGGAGUUACACAUCGCCUAUCGGUACGGAGAGCACUAUGACAGCGUUCGGAGGAUCAAUGACAACUCAGAAGCUCCUGCCCAUCUCCAGACUGAUUUUCAGAUACUUCAUCAAGAUGAAUCAAAUAAGAGAGAAAAGAUCAAGACAAAGGGAGUUGACUUUGAAGAUGACCUGCAAGAUGAAGUGGAAGAUGCUGUCCAGAAAGUUUGCAGCGCCACUGGCUGUUCAGAUUUUAAUUUGAUAGUCCAGAACCUGGAAGCUGAAAAUUAUAAUAUUGAAUCUGCAAUAAUUACCAUGCUUCAGAUGAACCAGGGGAAAAGAAAUAGUCACCAGCAGGCAGCGGAGAGAGCAGCAGCGCCUGGAGAAAAAGAAACGACAGGAGGAGAGGCACCGUCACAAAGCCCUGGAGAGCAGGAGUGGCCACAGGGACAACAACAGGAGCGAAGCCGAGGCGAAUGCGCAGGUCACCUUGGUGAAGACCUUUGCUGCUCUCAACAUCUGACUCACGCUGGCCGGCUGGGCAUUGCGGGAAGCGGGCGGAGAGGCCGUGCUGGGCCGGGGCUCCCCAGGGAGGCUGUGCUUCGCAGCAGCCGCAGAGCCCCAUGGGGGCUCACACUGAGUCGUGUCCUUCCGUCGCCCCUGUUGUGUUCCAAGUUUUGUUAGUGAUGUGUUUCAUUUUAUGAAGGUUCAGUGAAGCCAUUUGUGUUCUGUAAUAAAAAUGUUGAGUUUUCGGGUGGAUAGCUAGGUCAGUAAAAACCUCUUAGGUGUGGCACCAUUCGCUCUAAAAAUUCUGAAAAUCAGAGUCCAGUGGCCCUGGGAUCUUUCCUUAAGCUUUGGGGUGAGUUUUGCUGUAAUUGUUCAUGAAGUAGUUUAGAUUACUUGCUGGAGAUUCAGAAUGACACAUUUCCUUUGUUCUUCAUUUUUGACCAGAUACAGUAGUAUACAAGAUAGUCUGUAAACGAUCUCCAACUCAGGAACAUGUUUAGGUUUAACUUUCUCUUAACCCACAUUAGUCAGAAAUUACUUCAGGAAAUGUUUUCCGCUCUCCCACCCCACUGUGAGGUGGCGGCUGUGGCCUGCAGUGGGGGCGGGACUCCGAACCCUGUUCCUCUCCCUCCGGACCCUGCUGCCGUUUCAGGUGGGGUGCAGGUGCUGUCCGUUUGUUUACACUCAAGCCAUAUGAUUUGUGCGCCUGCCUGUUAAUGAGGCCUGGGCUUUGCUGGAGAGUCGGUAGUGUUGUUGAAGUUUUGGUGCUUGUGUUUGGACGAUGGGAAGGUGGCAUGUGACUGCUUACGGCAGAGUUCGGGAUUCUGGUAGUGUGGGAGUUGUAGCAGGAGAAAUCGAGGCUGUUCUUGAGUGUUGGCCUAGGAAGAGGCUGAAGUUACUUGAUUUUGUAGGGGGGAUGUCGGGAAGAGUAUAUCUAAGGUGGUUUGUCUUCACAUUGUAAGUAACUAUUUUCUUCCUUACUUUUCUAGACUUAGAUGCCUUUGGGGAAAUAAGAGGUAACCUGACCUGUUGCUAAAUUUUUGUGUGUGUGUUGUGAAAAUGAACCAUUACAAUGCUGCAUUUAUUUCUCUUUAUUUAAACCCUACUUGGGAUUCUGAUGCUGGAAAAACUCUCUAGUGCCCACCACGAAUUGUUAGGGAGUCAGGUUAGACCAGCAGGGCAGAGAAUGGGCCUUGGCUGAGGACUGUGAGUGACUCUGCAGUUCUGAAAUAGACAGAUUUGGGCCGUGGAGGUAGGUCAUUCCUCACACUGAGUUAGGUGGAUGUGAACUUUAAAACUGUGAUGUCUGAAGUGGACUCAAUAUUUAGACAGAUAAGUUAUGCCCAUGAAAAGGUAAACGGUUACCUCUGCCACCUCAGAUUUCAAAGUUUGAGGUGAAGAGAAAGCUAUGAAAAGGUAUCGACAGGUGUAGACAUGCUAUGUCUGGGCUGGCCCUGGAUUUAUUGAAUUGUCUGUCGAUAGGCGAUUUGCUUUCUUCGAUUUAAUGAUGUGUUUUAAUUUUUUGCUUUUUUUUCCUUUGGUGACUUUUUGGGGUGGGAGCAUGAGCCUCCUCUAGCAGUCACUCCCAGGACAUUGUAGUUUGGGCAUCUUCCUGGCACAGUGCGUUGCCCAAGUCAGCAGGUUGAGACACUGCACAGCCUUCUCUCCCUGCACCGUGCCGAGCCCAGAGUUUGAGGCUCUAGAGCUCAGUCCAGACAAGUGAGGGAUCUCCACCGCCUCACUGUUUUCACGGGCGUGACGUCAGGGCUUUCAGCUCUGGACACAUCCCUAACUCGGGCUGAGCUUUUUUGAAUGAAUGUUCAUUCUUGCCUGUUUUGAACUAUGAGAGUGCAGGAGACCAGAGUCUCAGAUGAAGAUUGUGUGCCAGGAAUUCAGCAGAAUCAGGAGUUAAAAGUAGCCUAAGGGAGGCUCUUUGUCAGAAGUGGUCGGAUUGCUUUAUUUACUUUGUUAAUGAAGGUGGCCUUGGGCCCUAGUGGGUUUUAGAAGUUUUAGAAGCUGCUAAAAAGUUAAAAAAGAAUAUGGGGCACAUUUAUUUAUAGAUUACCUAAUUCUGAUGACAGGCCCCAGCCUCUCUCGGGUAGAGUAACAGCGGUUUUAAAAACUAAUCAAAUGGCUUCAGUAAUUUUCUUUUAUUGCUCUUUUAUAGCUUUCCAGUUAUAUUAGUCUGUUCAGUAUGUUAAUUAUUAGGGAUGGGGUAAACGUAUCCUACUUUAGUGACAUCUUCUAGCUAAGGGUUUGAAUUCAGACUUCACCGCCUCAGCUUCACUGAAGAAUGAGGUGGAUGGAAUCUGUAUACUUAGUUGCCUUCAUAGUCACUUGAAAAUCCCUUUAUGGGCAGCCAGAAGGGAGACUGUGUUCAGUCCUGAAUGGCUGCUGUCAGUCACUCACUGCUCCCUGGUAGGAGGUGGGUCUUUUUUAGCUUCUGUUACGUCUCCGCUGUUAAAUGGGGUUUCUUGGCAGCUUUCCCUGAGGCCAGGAGAAAGGGACGGGGCAGUGAUCCGUAGCUGCUUACUAGUCUUAUAAACUGUCCAUAAAGGUUUUACGAAUUAAAAAAAAACAUUUUUAAAAGUCAAAACAAAUAAAAUUGUAGUGGCAACAGCUUUGUACUAGAGAGAUAGAUGUAUUAAAACAACUUAGAUCCACAACUUCUAGGUAAUAGCGUUGUCACCAGGAGACACUAGAGAGAGGGAACGUACGUGCAUAUGUAAUUUUUCAACGAUAUGAACGUACACUUUCAGUACUGGUUGAGGAAUUGUGGCAGAAAGAAGUAUCUUAAAUGUUAGUUGAGCUGGCCUGGAGUUUGUUUUCCAAGCUCUGAAGACACUUCCAAACCCAUUUUAGAUCUGAGGCCCUGCGAGGCGGGACCUCCCUCACGGGGUGCUUAGCGCCGGGCUUCGAGGGAGCCUUUGCACGGGCGACUUACAGUGCCUGCUCCCCGGGGGCUCUGACAGCGUGAAGCGAGAUGGCGGCGGGCGGGCGGGGGGAGGCCGCACCAAGCAGGGCAGAGCUGCCCCCGUGUGCAGCAGGGGCUGUCGGGUGCACCCGGCGUGGAUCGGCCCCCUGUCGAGCCCCUGUCAUCCGUGUGCAGUUUCUCCCCUGCUGAGAAACUAGACUCCGCCUGGGCUGCACUGGGUUAACGCAGGGCUAUCAGCUUUCCUCCGUGGAACAGUCCGCUCGGCCACUGGGCCGGCGGAAGGGAACUGGGAUUCCUCGUCAGGGCUGACUGAGUCACGCUGGCCACAGGGCCCUUGCGGGCAGGGCGGGCACAGCUGCCGGGUUUGGCCGUCAUGCCUGGGGCCCCCUCUGGGCCCUGUCUUGGGUGGGUGCAUAGCUCUUAACCUCUUUACCUCAAGGCUCCGCAGCAGACCGUUAGACUCCCAGUCGGGCGCAGUCUUUCUGUCCCGUCAUCUUCACGAUCCGCGGUUUCAGCCAUCUCGGCCUCCGGAGCAGGUGUCGCUGAAGCUCCAGGGCCUCCCGACAGUUGUUCCGGGUGAGACAGUUGAGGCGCUGUGUCCAGGGUGUGCUCUCCUGACCCUAAAGCAGAUGUGUUUUUCCACUGGUGUUGAGUUAGACACCUAGAUGGCACUUUUAAACUAUAGCACAUCUUCCGCUGUCUCCUAUCAGGGCACGUGGACAACCAGUUUGAGUGGGGAAAGUGAGCGCCACUCACAGAGCACCUGCGCAGCGCAGGCCCCCCGAGCGCGCCGCGGAGCCGGGCCCCAGGGGAGAGCUGGGCGCCCGGCCCGCCCGGCCCUGUCCCAGGUAAAAUCCCUGGGAAACCCUUAGGCUCUUCUUGACCAUUUCCUCUAAGGGGUUACUUCCUAGAGUCUUCCUCUCUAUCCUUGUUCAGACUACUUUGUAGCUCAAUUAAAAUGUUUAGCAUCCUUGCAAAGUAACUUGAGAAGAGGGAGGUACCGGUAAAGAAUGCAUUUCUCUAAAAGCACGCACUUCUGCACGGUGACUUUGUUUAAGCAGAGCACACCCAGGACGCAGAGUUUCUUCCGCUCCCUAGGCUGGUGGGCCGGGAAGCCAGUGAUCUCUGGACAGAGCCUCUGGGGCCUGCGUCCCGCGGGCCACUGUGGCCAGCCGUCUGCGGCAAGCAUGUGAGCUCUGUCGCAGGCCUCAGCCUGGCGGGUCCCUCGGCCAAAACACGAGGAGCGCUGGAAUGGGGCUAUUCACGUCUUCCUGUUCUCCCUGUCCAUUUCCCCCAGAUGCCACCCUUCCAGCAUUUGCCACCAGCACUGAGCUCAGGGAGAAGAAAAGAGCCAGGACCUUAAACCUCCAUGUUCCUCUUCCUGAGGUCGACGUGCUGGUGGGCGCCAGUCUCCUUCGCGAAGGAGGGCGUGUGUCUGUGGAGCACGCGGGCUUCGCAGGCUCAGGAACCUUCUUUCUUUUCGAAUUGCACUAUACUUGUUCUAGCUUCAGUCUGGAGAUAAAUGUAAGACCUCCGUGGGGUCAUGACCCAUAGACUUAGCAAGCCUUGCCUUAUCCAGGAGCUCGACAGGAGAAAUGUGACCAUUGUCUGGUGUCCACAGUCCAUUUCCUCUAGGCUGUUUCUUUCCACAGAUUGUUUUAAUCCGAACUGUUUUAUUUUUUAUUUACCAAAGUACUGUACUUGGCUAUUUGCAGUGUUUUCAAAACCAAAUGUUUCUUUCAUUGUGUUUUUAAUCUUCAAUACUUGGUGCAAUAGAAGCUGCAAAGAUGUGCCACUUUAUCUAUGAAAAAUUUAUUGUAUACCAAUAAAUUCUAGUUUAAAGACAGAGUUGCAAGCUCUUUGCGCCUCUCUGACC